AUGAAGAAAGUGGCCAAUAAAGCAGAGUUUGGUUUCCAUGACAGGUGCAAGGAAUUAAAGCUCAAUCAUCUUUGUUUUGCGGAUGAUGUCCUCCUCUUUUGUAAAGGCGAUUUGCAAAGCAUCAGACUAAUGCUUCAAGGAUUGAGACUCUUUUCAAGUUCUUCAGGUCUCUUGCCUAAUAAUAGUAAGUCUGCUAUCUAUUGUGCGGGGAUGCCUGAAGCAGAGAUCCAAAGGGUGGUUCAGAUUUCUGGUUUUACCAGAAGCUCAGUUCCUUUUAAGUAUCUGGGGAUUCCAAUUUGCUCAAAAAGAAUUUCUAAGGCUGAAUGCAAUAUCCUGGUAGACAAAAUGACGGCUCGCAUCAAAAUAUGGAGCACUAGACACAUCUCAUUUGCAGGUAGGGUUGUUCUCAUCAACUCUGUCCUCCUAACCAUUCACACAUAUUGGAGUCAGAUCCUAGUCUUGCCAAAGAAAGUGGUUGCUGAAAUUGAAAGAAUAUGCAGGAGUUUUCUAUGGAAAGGCUCUAACAAUAUGUUAGGAGCUGGAGCCGUAGCCUGGAAUAAGGUAUGCCUCUCCAAAGCUGAAGGUGGAAUAGGUUUCUUAAAUAUCAAUACUUGGAAUAAGGCUGCUUUAAUGAAGAACAUAUGGACACUAGCUGCCAAGAAAGAUAACUUAUGGUUCAAAUGGAUCCAUAGUGUUUAUCUGAAGAAUGAUGAUUGUUGGAACCACAAGGCUUCCAUCCAUAGUAGUUGGUAUUGGAGGAAGCUUGUGGAUCUAAAAGAUGAAAUGAGAAGAACAUGGGAAACAAAUCAGCUCUUAGCUACUGAAUUUAAAAUAGCAGAUGCAUACAAGAAGCUUCAGCUGACACAAGAUCGAACUCACUGGUGUAAUCAAGUUUGGUCUAGGCUCAAUCAUCCUAAGCAUAGCUUUAUACUGUGGAUGGCUGUGUUGGACAGACUUAAGACAAGAGAUCGAUUGAAAAGAAUGCAAAUAACAGAUGUUGAAGAGUGUUGUUUCUGUAGCAGUCAACCCGAAAGCAAACUUCACCUAUUCUUUCAAUGCAGCAAAACCAGUAGUUUGCUUCAACAAAUGAAAGAUUGGAUUGGCUGGAAGGCUCCUGCUUAUGAUCUGAACUCACUGAUCCGGAGCAUUAGCAGGUCCAAGCGUUCAAAAUUCCAGCAGCAGGUUUUUUCGGCCUCUAUUGCUGGUUUAGUUUACUUCAUUUGGCAGCAGAGAAAUGGAAAGAUAUGGCAGCAGAGCCCGAAGUCUAUGAAUAUUCAGGAGCUUAAAUGGCACAUCAAAACAAGAAUAUCUUGUGUUUUACCAAAGAAAAUCAAAGUGGAAGAUAGGAUAUGGUUUGAUAAUUUGUAA